GAAGCCCGAGGUCCGCACGCGACACACACUCACCCCAGGUUUUUAGCAUAGAACACGUAAGAAGCAAGCAUGGACAAGCUGUUGGAGUACAAGGAGAAGAUCUCGGCCAAGCUGGAGCGGUAUGACAAGAUCGUGGAGCUGGAGAAGCAGACGGGUGUGGACAAGUUCUACAUCUUCUGCGUCGGUGCGCUGCUAGCGGGCAUCCUGCUGUUCGUUGUGGGCGGCGAGGAGCUGGUGGUGGGCCUGGUGGGCUUUAUCUACCCGGCUUACAUGUCGUUCAAGGCCAUUAACACGCCAGGCACCACCGACGACACGCAGUGGCUCACUUACUGGGUUGUCUACUCCUUCUUCAACCUCACUGAGUCCAUCACGGACCUCGUCCUGUCUUGGGUCCCCUUCUACUUCUUCAUUAAGAUCGCCUUCCUUGUCUGGUCCUACCACCCGAGCACCCAGGGCUCUAACGUGAUCUACAACACUCUGAUUAAGCCAUACGUGGCCCCGCACGUUGGACAGAUCGACUCAGCGCUGAAGCGCGGCGAGGAUGCGGCCAAGAAGCUGGCGGCCAAGAUCGAGGAGAAGUCUCAGUAAUCGGCGGCUCGUGAGGUUAGGAUACGUGCGACAGCAACCAAUGGAUGUUGACGCAAGGUUCCUUCUCAACUACUAGUAAUGUGUGGUCCUGCUUAUCUGCUCUAGCGGCAGUCGUGUAUUAGCAGCUUCUGUAGGAAGCUGUCGAAUCUUUUUCGCGGUCAGAUUGGCGAGCAACACACUUAAGGUCGUGGAUAAUCCAUUUUUACUUGGAGAAGAAUACACUACUCUGCUCUUGUGAACGUGAA